ACAGCUUCCGUGUUCAGGCUAAAGCCUGUAGACAGCAUGGGCAGACUGAUUCUUUCAUGAAACUGAGGCUUCAGCUUUUCUUUUCUUUUUUAAAAUAAUAAUAAUAAUAAUAAUAAUAAUAAUAAUUAUUAUUAUUAUUAUUAUUAUAAAAUGUCGUAUUAAGAUGCUGUUUUACAAAUUAUAAAUGAUGUUAGGUUUGAUGUCAGGAAGCAGCAGAUCCGCCUGGACUCAGAGAGUCUUUACUAAGAGGAUAAGAAAAGCAAUAACAAUAAUCCAGCAGCAGGCUCUGCUGUGGUUGCCGGGUGGAGGUGUAGGUGGCGCUGUCGCUCCUCCUGUAGACUGCAGCGUUACAGUAGAGCAGGCGCUGAGCGUGUGGACGCAGUGCUUCCAGCAGCAUGGGAUCUCUGAGCCGCUCCUUUCCUCACACUACAUCAUCGCUCACGUCCUGGGAAAGAAAACUCUGCAAAGUGUGGAAACGAGGAGGCUCCGAGAAAGACUGGGUGACAAAGAAAAAGAAGACGUGUGGGCACUAUGUUCCAAACGUCUAACAAGGAUGCCGGUGCAGUAUGUGAUCGAGGAGUGGGACUUCAGAGAUCUGACCCUGAAGAUGAGACCUCCAGUGUUCAUUCCCCGCCCUGAGACAGAGGAACUGGUUAGUUUGGUGUUGAAAGAUCUGCAGUCACAGUGGGGAGUGAAAACUUUGCGAUGCCUGGAGGUGGGCUGUGGAUCAGGUGCCAUCUCUCUGAGUCUACUGCACAGUGUACCACAGCUCAAGGCAGUUGCACUGGAUCAAAGCCAGGCAGCUGUGCGUCUCACCAAGGAAAAUGCAGACAGACUGGGGCUCUUGGACAGACUGGAAGUUUAUCAUUUAGAUAUAAUGAAAGAUGCUGAUUUGACACUGAGAAGCUGCAGUCCUGUUGAUGUAAUUGUUAGCAACCCUCCUUACCUGUUUUCUCAGGAUAUGGUGUCUCUGCAGGCAGAGAUACUCAGGUUUGAGGACCACUCAGCAUUGGAUGGGGGUUUGGAUGGCAUGUCGGUAAUCAGACAGAUUCUAAGUCUAGCACCGAGACUCCUAACAAAUGAAGGUCGUAUGUAUCUAGAGGUGGAUCCACGCCAUCCUCCACACAUAAAGGGUCUGGUAGAGGAAAGCAUGCUGGGGUUGAAGUAUUUGGGAUCACACUGUGAUUUCACUAACAGGUUGCGGUUCUGCGUUCUACAGAAGAGAGAGUGAACUAACAGAGGAACCUGUGGAGUUGUGAAAGUGACUUGAAGUAAAAGCCAAGAAAGGGAAACCCAGACAGCACAUAGCUUGAGAGAAAGCUGAUAUGGAAAUGAUGAUGGCUCAAGCAACAUAUGUGAAGAACUGUAUUCUGCGCCGUUCUGCCAAAGUGCUUACACCUCACCUCCUGCAAUAGCCUACUGUGAUUCUGUUGGGUGUUUAAGGUGUUAUUUUUAAUCCUGAAAUGGAUUGUAAAGGAAAGGCUCUUUGUAUACGAGUCAAAGCACUAACCUUUAGUCUUCUCACCAGUUUCUAAUUCCUAGUGUUCUAGAUGGAAGAUCUGACCAUAAAUGAUAGUUGAAAGUGUUAAAAUAACACUUAAAAUGCAACACUGUGAACUGUUUGUCAUUUAUUAACAGUUUGAACGUGUUACCAUGCGUGUAGGAUUAUCUGUUUAAAAAAAAAACAGUCUCGAACUUGAGGAUGUGUUCGUGUCGUGGCUUAAGACUCUAUACCAGGAACUGGAGCUGCUGGUAUAAAUUCCAGUCCAGUAUAUUAGUAUCAGGUGACAGAAGACUGUAGUGUUUUGGCAUUUCUUCUGACCACUGCAGUUAUGCACUUGAGCAAAAAAAAAAAAAAAAGUGUAAUCCAGUUACAUAAAAAAAAUUUUUAAAUAAAUAAAUCCCUUACUGAGCUCUAAUUGUGCUUG